AUGGAUCUUUCUAUACUGUACCCUGCAGAUGUUUUGAAGACCCAGACUGGAGGUGGUGGUAGGAAAUCUUGUGUCAAUGUAUCCAUACGUGAUGUCGAAGGCAACAUCAUUGAGCUGGUGUUAUGGGAAGAUUACGGCAAACAGUUCAUCAACUACACUACCCCUAACAACUUUGCUGGUCCUACUAUAAUUGUAUUGACACAUGCAUGGUGCAAGCCAAACACAAGUUAUGGAACUAUAUGUUCAUUUUCUUAUUAUGCUAUAUAUGUUGUUGAAAUUUUGCUGGUGUCGGGAUUACCGUGUCUUUCCAACGCAUGGAGCGGGUCUAAACUUCACAUCAACAUGGAACAUCCACAAGUGAAAGAAUUCAAAGCUAGUUUUGGUGCCAACUUACCUGCCCCAUCCCAAUCAUUGACUGCUGAUUCAUCUGUUCAAUCUGCUAACAAUUUCUGGACGAAAUUGUCCGAGGUGAAGAGUAUCCGUGCGGUAUCUGAAUUCGGAAGGGACUGUUUUGCAACAACCAUAGGGACUACCACUGGAUUUAAUCCCUCCAGGUUUGGAUGGUAUUUUGAAUCUUCUGGAAAUAACGAUGCUGAACGCGUUACCAAAUUCAAACUUGAGGUGGAGGUGGAAUAUGAUAACCAUAAGGGGAUCUUUAUUUUUUGGGAUAAGGAUUGUAUCCCUUUUACUAAGUUGACUGCUCAAGAAAUAAGAGAAAUUAUGAAGAAGGCUGGAGAGGACAAUCCUAAGAUAUGGCCUACUCACCUCGAUGUUCUCUUGAAUAGACAAAUGGUCUUCCGUAUCAAGUAUCAAUCACAAUUCAGACGAUUCUCCAUCGUGAAAAUACUCAACGAGGAUGGCCUUUACAAAAAGUUUGAUGACUACCUCACACCAGUUGAAGGAGCUAAUGCUGCUGUAAUGGAUGUGGAAACAGAGUCUCCAGCUCUUAUACCAAAUCAACUCACACAAACUUGCGAACCGUUAAUUGUUGCUGAACCAGAUUCGAUUGCUACGCAUACUGGGAGUCCUUCUGCAAGUUGCAGCAGUACUCCUGCCAAGAGGGAUAUUAUGUCAACCUCAAUUAACAACUUGAUUCAGUUUGAAGAACUCACUCCUAAACAAUCAGCCACUAAGGGCACCAAAGGAAAGAAGACCAAGCAAUUCAAAAAGGAUUAA